AGUAUGUUUUCCUUUGGUUUAGGUUAGUUUUAUUUUUUGUUUUAUUUCAUUUUAUUUUGUCACUUCCGGUCGUUGACGUCCUGUUUCGCGAAUGACCACUGACGCCCGCUAUAUUAUCUGCAGCCAGGCAAAGGCUCACGUGGGCAGUACCUCCCAUCAAACCAGGAAUCACUCCGCCUCAGUGAAACUCGGUAGGAGCUCCAACAGGUGUCUGUGAAGUGUCUGUGAAGAUGUCUGCCUGUCAGGAAACUACUGAACACUCCGGGCUGCUCAAGUUCUCCUCCGCCGUGUUUUACGCCGGCAGCUCGUUUCUAAUAACGGUGGUGAAUAAAACCGUACUGACCAGCUACAGGUUUCCUUCCUACAUGUGUCUGGGAAUAGGCCAGAUGAUCACCACUCUUGUCGUCCUUUAUGCUGCCAAAAUGAGCAAAACUGUCAAGUUUCAAGACUUUGACAGAAGUAUUCUUUUUAAAAUUUUCCCUCUUCCUUUGCUGUAUGUUGGGAACCAUAUAACAGGACUGGCGAGCACCAAAAAACUCAGUUUACCCAUGUUUACAGUAUUACGGAAAUUCACCAUAUUGAUGACAAUGAUCUUGGAAGUAUAUAUACUAAGAAAAACAUUCCCAAGACGCCUUGUGUACAGUGUCAUAGCCAUAGUCCUGGGUGCCAUGGUUGCUGCAAGCUCUGACCUGGCCUUCGAUGUGGAGAGCUAUACUUUCAUCCUGCUCAACGAUGCUUUCACGGCUGCCAGCAACGUGUACACCAAGAAGAAACUUGGCACUGAGGGCCUCGGGAAGUAUGGUGUCUUAUUUUACAAUGCACUAAUCAUUGUCAUCCCCACUCUCUUGGCAAGUGCAUUGACUGGAGAUUUACACGAGGCAGUCACGUUUAAAGACUGGGUUACAGCCACUUUUAUUUUUUGCUUCCUCAUGUCCUGCUUCAUGGGGUUUGUGCUCAUGUAUUCCAUCGUCCUGUGCAGCUAUUAUAACUCUGCACUUACUACAACAGUAGUGGGGGCAAUAAAGAAUGUUGCCGUAGCCUAUAUCGGCAUCUUUGUAGGUGGAGACUACCUGUUCUCUUGGACCAACUUCCUCGGCCUCAGCAUUUGUAUGUCAGGUGGACUGGUGUACUCAUAUCUCACCUUUAACCAAAAAUCAUCUGGGACUAACGCAGAAAGUGCACAAGAGCUGAAGAUUCACAUCCCAGAGGAUUCAACAGGGAAGUACUCUGCAAACUAAAUGGACGAUAUUU